AGUUUUCAGAUGAGCACCCCGGUCAUCGACAGAGAAGCUGGGGGCCCCGAGUCGUAAAAUGUGGCUUAGGCAGUGUGAAAGAAGGGCAUGUAUUUCCCCCUGGGUCGCAAGUCCGGCCCCAGGCCCGCCUCCGCGCUGGAUUCUUAAAGGGCCCGAGGACUCGGGGGGCGGAGCCAGCAAAGGCGCCGUGCCGACCCGGGACCGGUCCGGGGCCGAGCCGGGGCGAGCGGCCGGAGCGGACCGGGCUGGGCCGCGGUUGGUGGUGGCCAUGGCGCGAGUCCCGGCGGCGCCCCGAGCGAGUUCCUGAGUUCGUAUCAGGCAGGUGACACAGACUUCCCGCAGUUCCCAGCAUGUGGGCAAGCCUGGGCCCUGCUGUCACAUUGGCCCUCGUGUUGGCAGUGGUAUGGGCCUCAGAGCUCAAACCCACAGCACCACCCAUCUUCACAGGCCGGCCCUUUGUGGUAGCAUGGGACGUGCCCACACAGGACUGUGGCCCACGCCUCAAGGUGCCACUAGACCGGAAGGACCUGAUGGACUUUGACGUGCAGGCCUCACCGAAUGAGGGUUUUGUGAACCAGAACAUCACCAUCUUCUACCGUGACCGUCUGGGCUUGUAUCCACGCUUCGAUGCAGCAGGGAAGCCUGUGCACGGAGGUGUGCCCCAGAAUGGCAGCCUCUGGGCACACCUGAAGAUGCUGCAGGAACAUGUGGAGCACUACAUUCGCACCCCGGAGCCGGCAGGCCUGGCAGUCAUCGACUGGGAAGACUGGCGGCCUGUGUGGGUGCGCAACUGGCAGGACAAGGACAUAUACCGCCGCUUUUCACGCCAGUUGGUGGCCCGUCAGCACCCUGACUGGUCGUCAGAUCGUGUGGUCAAGGAGGCUCAGUACGAGUUUGAGAUUGCUGCCCGGGAGUUCAUGCUGGAGACUCUGCGCUUUGUCAAGGCAGUGCGGCCUCAGCACCUCUGGGGCUUCUACCUCUUCCCUGACUGUUACAACCACGAUUACGUGCAGAACUGGGAGAGCUACACAGGCCGCUGCCCUGAUGUUGAGGUCUCUCGAAACGACCAGCUGGCCUGGCUGUGGGCCGAGAGCACGGCCCUCUUCCCCUCUGUCUACCUAGAUGAGACUCUUGCUUCCUCUGUCCAGGGUCGCAACUUUGUCAGCUUCCGCGUUCAGGAGGCCCUUCGUGUGGCACACACCCACCAUGCCAACCAUGCACUCCCCGUCUAUGUCUUCACUAGACCCACCUAUAGCCGCACGCUCACAGGGCUUAGCCAGAUGGAUCUCAUCUCCACCAUUGGCGAGAGUGCGGCCCUGGGUGCAGCUGGUGUCAUCCUCUGGGGCGAUGCUGGGUACACCACCAGCAAUAAGACGUGCCAGUACCUCAAGGACUACCUGACGAGGAUGCUGGUACCCUACAUCGCCAACGUGUCCUGGGCGGCCCAUUACUGCAGCUGGUCACAGUGCCACAGCCACGGGCGCUGUGUGCGCCGCGACCCCAGCGCCAGUGCCUUCCUGCACCUCAGUGCCAGCAGCUUCCGGCUCGUGCCUGGCCACACCCCUGGUGAGCCCCAGCUGCAUCCAGAGGGGGAGCUCAGCCGUGCCGACCGCAUCCACCUGCAAACACAUUUUCGCUGCCAGUGCUAUCUGGGCUGGGGCGGUGAGCAGUGUCAGUGGGAUCGAAGAGGGGCUGCUGGAGGUGCCAGUCGGGCCUGGGCUGGGUCCCAUGCCACUGGCCUGCUGGUUUUAGCAGCACUGGUUUCCCCCUGGACUUUGUAGGAGUCUUUCACCUGGCUGCCGGCCAAACUGGCCUCUGCCGCCAAGGCCCUGCCAAGCUUGCAGCAGCUUGUAGAGGGUAGACAAGCUGAAGUUGGGAGGGGGCAGUGCCCCUGAGAUGUCCAGUGUAGUACUCAUACCAGCACUCACCCCCCUGUUCUAAGGGGGAGGGGUGGUCCCUGCAGAGGGGAAUAGGGGCAAAGGAGGGCCGGGGAACUUGAAUGUACUCCCCUGUGCCUGGAUAGUUUCUUAUUAUUAUUGUUAUUAUUGUUAUUAUUAUUAUUAUUAUUAUUGGGGUGGUCUCUUUUGUAAAUUAAAUAUAAAACAACUGCUUCUGCGCUUGAACUAUAGCACCUGGGUGAGGGCAUAUGAGAGAUUCCGGGGUUUUCUAUGAGUUUUGUCACAUCUUGCUGGGGUCGCUUCUGUAAACUGUGCUCCCCGGGAGCUACAGCUAUGCUGCUGGGCCCGCCCUGGGAGUGGAAGGACUCACAUUCUGUCUCAACACCACACACUUUGCUUCCUCCGUGUGGGUUGCACAGGCAUUGGGUCAACUGUGUGUGUGUGUGUGAGAGGGGUGGGGCCCUUUGUGUUUCUCCUAUUGCCCCUGUGCCCCCAGCUGGCCCAGUGCCAGCGCCUCGCCUUGCCCACCCAAGGAGAAAGGGGGAGUGGUGUUUGAUCUUCUGGCUGGGCAGGCGGCCAGCCCAGUUCUCCCUGCUGUUCGCACAGGCAGGGGUGCCUCCUCCGCUCUGC